CUUCUACCUCAAGUACUUUGGAAAAAUUUCUCCAACCAAAGACCAAGGGGGUACUAUUUGGGAUUCUCAACAAUUUCCGUUUCUUCUUUUUUUCGUUUUGUUGGAAUACGCAACCUCGUUUCGUGUCUAGCAAGAGUGCAUCAAUUUUUUCCUUUUUUUUUUUUUUGUUUGUUUUAUUGGUAAGAAGGGGAUAUAAUAGGUAGUAAAAUUAAAAAAAUAAAUAAAAACUAGUUUGAGUUGUACCCAGGUUUUUUUUCCAAAAAAAACUCCAAGCAGCUCUCUGUGUUGUUGUUGAUUACUUCCUUCACUGGGGAUUCUGCAGGAACAUAGAUUCAAUGCAUGGUACUGAGACUAGAGAAUUAGAGAGAUAGAAGGGAAGGAUGAAGAGGCAGAAGAGCAAGGAGGAGGAAGAAGAGAAGAUAACAAACAAGGAGGAGGAGGAGGAGGAGGAGGAGGAGGAGGAGGAAGAUGCAGAAGAAGAUUGGUGCUUCGUCUGCAAAGAUGGUGGAGACCUCAUGUUAUGCGACUACCCGGGCUGCUUAAAAGUAUAUCAUGCUCGAUGCGUGGGCAAAAAGAAAUCCUUUGCUGGGGCCGGAAAGCGCUGGAUUUGUAGGAUGCAUUCUUGUGCAUUGUGCCUUAGUACCCCAAAGUUUUACUGCUUCUGUUGUCCGAAUUCAGCAUGUCGACAUUGCAUAAGUGGUUCUAAGUUUACACAGGUUAGAGGGAAGAAAGGGUUUUGCAAGGAGUGUUUGGAGCUUAUUCUACUGGCAGAGCAAAACUCAGAAUAUGGUUUAAAUGGAGAAAAAAUAGACUUCAAGGAUCGAGAUACAUUUGAGUGCCUAUUUAAAGAAUAUUGGGAAAUCAUAAAGGAAAACGAAGGUUUGACUUUAGAUGAUGUCUAUUCCGCAGAUUUACUGUUAAAGAGGGGAGAAAAUAAAACAUGCAGGUUUGGUUCUGUAAAAGCUGGUGAGACUGAAGAAGCUUUUGACCUGAUAUCUGAUAGUGACACUUCAGACACAGAAUUUCAGAGACCAAUGGGAAAAAGGAAGGCGCAAGAGUAUAUCGGAUGGGCAUCCAAAGCUCUUAUUGAGUUCCUGCGAUCUAUUGGUAUAGAUACAACCAACAAGUUAUCGCAGUAUGAUGUGGAUUCAAUCAUCUAUGAUUAUAUCAAAGAGAGAAACCUUUUUGAUCCAAUAAAGAAGAAAAAGGUUAUAUGUGAUGAGAAGCUUUAUUCUAUUUUCCGAAAGAAGUCCCUGGAUAGGAUAAAAAUAUAUGGUCUUCUGGGGGAACAUAUGACCGAGAACUUGGUUAUAUCAGAUGAAGAUGAUAGUGAGCUGGAAGACAAGAAGAAAGAUACAGUGAUAGCAAGCAAGAAGCGAAGAGAGAGCUCAGGUGUAGCAUCUAUUGAAAAGGAAGCGAGUCCUAGCAUCCAGAAAAGUUGUUUUGCAUCCAUAGUUCCUGAAAAUAUCAAGCUUGUCUACUUAAGGAGGAGUUUAGUGGAGGAGUUCUUGAAGCAGCCUGAAAAUUCUGAUAGCAAGCUACUGGGAACUUUUGUGAGAGUUAAAAAUGAUGCCAGGCUUCGUCUGACAAAUUCUCACCAACUUUUACAAGUUGAAGGCAUAAAGAAAGGCUCAACAGCUGAUGGAAUGGAUGGUGAAAUUCUCCUGCAAGUUUCCAAUAGAGAUAUUCCCAUUUGUAGGCUGGCAGAUUCAGACUUCACUGAGGACGAAUGUAAGGAGUUGCGGGAAAAUGUGGCAAAUGGCCUGCUAAGGAAACCUACAGUUGCCGAGCUUGAACAGAAGGCAAGACUUCUGCAUGAGGAUAUAACUAAGCAUUGGAUUGAGAGAGAGUUGGUCAGAUUACAGAACUGCAUUGAUCGAGCAAACGAGAAAGGACGGAGAAGAGAGCUGUGGGAACUUAUGGAGAAGAGAGAGAUGCUAAAGCAACCCUCUGUUCAAGUUGGUCUACUAAAGGAGGUGCCAAAGGUCACUGCGGAGGUUUUAGAGGCUGAAUCUGGUCCUGUGGAUGCCGUAAAAGCUGAUAAUCGAUGAAGUGUUUCCUCACUAGGCUCGACCAGCAUAUUGAAAUGAGACUGCUGUGUUAAAAGGGCUGCAAUGUGCGUUGUUAGUUUUCCAGUCUGUAUGUCGUUUGUCCUUUUAAGCUUGGAAUAGAACUGCUUUCAUUGCAGUUUAAGACAUGGCCAGCAAAUCGACUAUCGUUACUGUAUUGAUAUGUUUGUAUUUUAUGUUUCUCAUUUUCUUGUCAAGAAGCUAAAACAAAGAUCAAGUCUGUGGUUCCUUUCUGCCACAGACGAUUGUGUGAAGUGUUAAGUAUUCUUUCUCA